UGAAGCUUGUGUGGGGCAGGAGGAAGGAACAGAACGGGGAGGGGGCACAUCUGGUUAUAAAUAGUUUCAGGAGGAACCUGCUGGUCAGACUUUGCUCAGCCGAUUUCACGCACCUUACUCAGACUAAGGUUUGCUUCUCUUUCAGAAAAAGCAGUGACAAACAGACGACAUACUGAGUUGCCAGCUUAGUGGAAGCUCUGCUCUGGGUGGAGAGCAGCCUCGCUUCGGUGACGCACAGUGCUGAGACCCUCCAGGAGCCCAGGGAUUGAAGGAUGGCGGCGGCCGUCCUGCUGGGACUGAGCUGGCUCUCCUCUCCCCUGGGAGCUCUGGUCCUGGACUUCAACAACAUCAGGAGCUCUGCCGAUCUGCUUGGGGCCCGGAAGGGCUCACAGUGCCUGUCUGACACGGACUGCAAUACCAGAAAGUUCUGCCUCCAGUCCCACGAUGAGAAGCCGUUCUGUGCUACAUGUCGUGGGUUGCGGAGGAGGUGCCAGCGAGAUGCCAUGUGCUGCCCUGGGACACUCUGCAUGAAUGAUGUUUGUACUACGAUGGAAGACGCAACCCCAAAAUUGGAAAGGCAGCUUGAUGAGCAAGAUGGCACACAUGCAGAAGUAACAACUGGGCACCCAGUCCAGGAAAACCAACCCAAGAGGAAGCCAAGUAUUAAGAAAUCACAAGGCAGGAAGGGACAAGAGGGAGAAAGUUGUCUGAGAACUUUUGACUGUGGCCCUGGACUUUGCUGUGCUCGUCAUUUUUGGACGAAAAUUUGUAAGCCAGUCCUUUUGGAGGGACAGGUCUGCUCCAGGAGAGGGCAUAAAGACACUGCUCAAGCUCCAGAAAUCUUCCAGCGUUGCGACUGUGGCCCUGGACUACUGUGUCGAAGCCAACUGACCAGCAAUCGGCAGCAUGCACGGUUACGAGUAUGCCAAAAAAUAGAAAAGCUAUAAAUAUUUCAAAAUAAAGAAGAAUCUACAUUGCA